AAUUAAAGUUAUGUCUCAAUCUGAUCGUGCUGUACAAUUAUUUGGACUAAUUAACUAUGAGUAAAUAUUGUUGUUGUAACAGGAAACCAGAUGCCAAUAUAGAAAUUGAAAAACAACUUGAAAGAGACAGGAAGACUAGAAAAAAGGAAAUUGAAAUUAUAUUAUUUGGAAAAACCGGCAGUGGAAAAUCUACACUCUUUAGACAGUUACAAAUAAUAUAUGGAGAUGAAUAUUCAGAUGAUGAGGUUGGCUAUUUCAAACGUCAUGUUUAUAAGGACAUUGUACAGACCAUUCAGGCAUUGAUUUAUUCAAUGAAGGUACUCAACAUACAAUUUCAAGAUGAUGAGAAAAUGGAGAUGGCCAAGCGGGUGCAUUCUGUGGACACAUUUUAUAUGGAGACAAUAUCAGAAGAACUUGCCAAUGCUAUAAAACUGUUGUGGAAUGAUAGAGGUGUACAGACUUGUUUAGAAAGUGGGGAGGUUUCUGUGUCUGACUCAGCUAUAUAUUUUCUGAAUGAUAUGGAUAGAGUUUUUGAACCUGGUUACUCACCAUCUAAACAAGACAUUGUGAGAGUUUUUAUACCAACUAAUGGUAUACAGGAAUAUGUAUUUGAACAGGAAGGCCAUUUGUUCAGAAUUACAGAAAUGGGAGGCUUCAACUUGCACACUUUCCGUUGUAGAAAACUUUUGUUUCAGUUUAUUCAAACUAUUCAUGUGAUAUUUUAUGUAGCAGAUAUAAGUGUGUUUGAGAAAACAGUGGAGGGUUCAGACGCUGAAAAUGAAGUUGGAGAGGCGGUGGAUUUGUUUAAAUUAGUGGUGUUACACCCAUGGGUAUCUAGAACAAGUGUUGUAUUGUUUCUGAACAAGAUUGACCUUUUCAAAGAAAAACUUAAAAAGUACAACCUUCAUGACCACUUUCCAGAAUAUAUUGGACCCGACAAUGAUGUAGAGGCUGGUUGUCAUUUCAUGAAGAAUUUGUUUCUUGCCGUACAAACCGAGGAAAAUAGACCAAUAUAUCCCCAUUUCACAUGCGCCAUCGAUACACCAGGGAUGAAACGUGUGUUUGAUGACAUUAUUCAAUAUACAAUACAAUCAAAUAUAAAGAAACACAAGCUACUGUGAUCACUUUAAAAGAAGGGAGUGAUUCAAUUAAUUAACUGAAGUACAUUUUGCACAAAAGGAUAUUGGGAACCAAAGAACAUUGGAAACCAAAGAACAUUGGAAACCAAAGGACACUGGGAACCAAAGGACACUGUGUACUGGGAACCAAAUGACACCGGGAUAGAAAGUACACUGGGAACCAAUUUACACUGGGCACAAAUGUGCACUGGGAACCAAAGUACACUGGGAACCAAAGGACACUGGGAACCAAAGUACACUAGGAAGAUUUUCGUCUGCUUAAAGACAGUAUAGGUUUAUUGCUAUUGCUUGAUACCCUACAAGAAACUGAUUUAGCUACUGAGUGUCUAAUAUUGGUACCCGACAAGAAUCUUAUUUAGCUAAAUAGGGUGUCUAGUAUGAUACCAAGGUGUUUACCAAAGAAUAUUUUGAUAGCCCCUUAGAAUACAUUGUGUUAAAGAUUUGUGUUGUUCGAAUUUGUUUUGUUUGCAUAUGUGCAGUGAUCAUUUAAAGACAAUUGUGGGAGAAGUGCAAUUUGUUUUCCAACAGCAGAGGCAAUUACAGACUUUCGCUGAGAAUUUUUUAAUUAAAAAGGAUGGUUGCAUGGUAAAGGGAACAAAUUAUUGUAAAACAAUAGGUAACUGUCCUACUUUUUGAGAAACCUACUUCAUUUUGUUACUUUUAGUUGGAAAGACAGUUUCUAGGAACUGAUACCAGUCAAACAGUUUGUUUUUUUAAUAAUUAAAGAUCUAUAAUGCUCAAGUUUGAUUCUUUAAAUUACUGACACUUGUUACACGGUAUCUUAGAAUAUAAAAUAAAUAUCUUUUGAGUACA